GGUUGCUAAACUCUUCAUACACGGCGGGUGUAUCCUUCUCCUUCUCACCCCCCCCCCCCGGGGGGGACAAUGGCGCUGAUCAGGCAUGCUCGAAAAUCUCCGGCACUUAAGACUAAUUUUGUCAGGUUGUCAGCCUCCUCAAAUAUUCACGAUUGCCUCGCUCUGGACCGCGAGUCCCCCCGGCAAUGCCCGCUCCCUGUCCGGGGGGGGGGGGGGGGUCGGUCCUGCCGAGAUCUCUGAUCCUCGAUGCAAACGGGCAGGCAUCAUCCGGUCGAGGUGAGAUUGAGAUUGCAAAAAAGGAUAACUGGGCCUCGCGGAUUCUCUCGAGCAUAACAGGCGGUGAACCAGCCCGGCAGUUUCGUCCCAAGAGCCGAGGCGCCAACUGAGGGAUACGGAAUAAGGAGAUGCGCAAGGCACCGAGACGGCACAGCUGUGCCAACAUCAUGUCGAAGGCGCAGCAGCCCAUCCGGAGAUAUGUAUGCUCUCGGCGCAAUUUGGCCGUUUGUUCUUUCUUUCUCUCGCACACAUGAUCAAAACACCGCCAUGGUUUUUGCAAGGCCCAGCAAGCAGGCAGCGACGUCUCCUUGGACACACCCCCUCCUCCCCUUGCUUCCCUUCUCAUUACGGUUACGGCAUGCCGACGUCCGACGUUCAAUUCACCUAGACCUAGAUCCCCCACAACCCACGAGGAUGUCCACUUCGGGAACCCCGCCCGCUUCACCCCUUUCCAACCCAUCGACACGGACUGCCUGCUCCGUUAUGAAUCCCUCCCCGUCGGGGCUCCCCCCCCCCC